AUGCUUCAUCAGAAUCCCCCUCCUCCUCCAUUUGAAUUUGGCAAGAUUUUAGGUUCUCUCGUCAAAACCAAACAUUACCAUACUGUUGUUUCCCUUUCUCAACAAAUGGAAUUCAGUACAGUUACUCCUGAUUUUGUUACUUACAACAUUCUCAUGAAUUCUCUCUGUCAAUUGGGCUAUAUUCCUUUUGCUUUUUCUGUUUUCGCAAAGAUUCUCAAGAAGGGUUAUCAACCAAAUGUCGUAACCUUCAAUACACUCAUCAAGGGUCUCUGUUUCAUUGGUCACCUCCAUCAAGCAUUGCAAUUUCAUGACAAAUUGGUAGCACAAGGAUAUCAGCUGGACCAUGUUAGUUAUGGAACCUUGAUCAAUGGUUUAUGCAAGGCAGGACAAACAACGGCUGCUCUACGGUUGCUUAGACGAGUUGAUGGCAAAUUGGUCCAGCCUAAUGUGGUAAUGUACUCUACGAUCAUUGACAGCAUGUGCAAAGAUAAACUUGUUAGUGAUGCAUGUGAUUUAUAUUCUGAAAUGGUUGCUAAGAAAAUUUAUCCUGAUGUUAUCACUUACAAUGCUUUAAUUAGUGGUUUUUGUAUUGUUGGUAAAUUGAAAGAAGCGGUUUGUUUGUGUAAUAAAAUGACAUUGGAAAACAUCUACCCGAAUGUGUUUACCUUUAAUAUAUUGGUGGAUGCUUUUUGUAAGGAAGGAAAGGUGAAACAAGCACAAAAUGUGUUAGCUAGGAUAAUUAAAAAUGACAUUAAACUUAAUGUUGUUACGUACAAUUCUUUAAUGGAUGGGUAUUGUCUAGUAAAUGAAGUGAACAAAGCCAAUGAUAUAUUCAAGACAAUGGUCCAAAGGGGAGUGACUCCUGAUGUUUACAGCUACAAUAUCAUGAUUAAUGGAUUCUGUAAGAUUAAAGUGGCAGGCAAAGCUAUAAGUCUCCUCAAAGAAAUGCAUUGCAGAAAAAUUGUUCCAAAUACAGUAACUUAUAGUUCCCUUAUUGAUGGCUUGUGCAAAUUGGGGAGAAUCUCUUAUGCUGUAGAUCUUGUCGAUGAGAUGUGUGAUAGAGGUCAACUACCUAAUAUAAUUACGUACAGUUCUAUAUUGGAUGCUUUAUGCAAAAACCAUCAAGUUGAUAAGGCAAUUGCAUUAUUUAAAGAAUUUAAAGACAGAGGUAUUCAACCUAAUGUGUACACAUACACUAUUCUUAUCGAUGGAUUGUGUAAAGAUGGAAGACUAAAUGAUGCAGGAAAGGUUUUUGAAGAACUUUUGGUCAAAGGCUACAAUCUUAAUGUCUGUACAUAUACUGUUAUGAUCCAGGGGUUUUGUAAGAGUGGCUUGUUUGACGAAGCGUUGACAUUGCUGUCAAAAAUGAAAGACAAUGGUUGCAUUCCGAAUGCUCAAACUUAUGAAAUCAUUAUUCUUUCCCUAUUUGAAAAUGAUGAAAAUGAUAAAGCAGAGAAACUUCUUUGUGAAAUGAUUGCGAGAGGUCUAAUGUACAUCUGCUCUUCGGAAUUUGACACAGAAUAUGUGAUUGAUGGUAUCAAAUAUUUGAUUAAAGUAUUUGUGUAUUUCAAUGGCCACAAGCCUGCUGUUCAAACCAAGAUUCCAGAUGACGCCAAAUCAUUUGUCACCUUGAAAGAAAUGUUGAACAGUUUGCUGCCUGAUUCUGUUAACAAAAGGGUAACAAAGAUUGAGUUUCGGGAGGACUGUAUUGAUACAAAUGGAAGGAUGUUCAAAGCAUAUAAAAAAAGUGACCUAAGUGCUUCAUUCAUUCCCAUUCCAAAAUCCAAUUUAAGAUUGUUGGGUGUGCUGAGCGACAAGACAAGAAUGUCGUUUUUAAGGUACCUUGCUUCUGUUUCCUUUCCAAAUUGUAGAUCAUACUCUCAGUGUCUGCGCCAUUUGAAUGAUGAUGUUGAUGUUGUUUCCUUGUUUAAUCGAAUGCUUCAUCAGAAUCCCACUCCUCCUCUCAUUGAAUUUGGCAAGAUUUUAGAUUCUCUUGUCAAAGCCAAACAUUACCAUACUGUUGUUUCCCUUUCUCAACAAAUGGAAUUCAGUAAAGUUACUCCUGAUUUUGUUACUUACCAUAUUCUCAUGAAUUCUCUCUGUCAAUUGGGUUAUAUUACUUUUGCUUUUUCUGUUUUCGCAAAGAUUCUCAAGAAGGGUUAUCAACCAAAUGUCGUAACCUUCAAUACACUCAUCAAGGGUCUCUGUCUCAAAGGUCACCUCCAUCAAGCAUUGCAAUUUCAUGACAAAUUGGUAGCACACGGAUAUCAGUUGAACCAAGUUAGUUAUGGAACCUUGAUCAAUGGUUUAUGCAAGGCAGGACAAACAAGGGCUGCUCUACAGUUGCUUAGACAAGUUGAUGGCAAAUUGGUCCACCCUGAUGUGGUAAUGUACUCUACGAUCAUUAACAGCAUGUGCAAAGAUAAACUUGUUAGUGAUGCAUGUGAUUUACAUUCUGAAAUGGUUGCAAAGAAAAUUUCUCCUAAUGUUUUCACUUACGGUGCUUUAAUAAGUGGGUUUUGUAUUGUUGGUAAAUUGAAAGAAGCAAUUCAUUUGUGUAAUAAAAUGACAUUGGAAAACAUCUACCCGAAUGUGUAUACCUUUAGUAUAUUGGUGGAUGCUUUUUGUAAGGAAGGAAAGGUGAAAGAAGCAAAAAAUGUGUUAGCUAGGAUGAUUAAAAAUGACAUUAAACUUAAUGUUGUUACCUACAAUUCUUUAAUGAAUGGGUAUUGUCUAAUAAAUGAAGUGAGCAAGGCCAAUGAUAUAUUCAAGACUAUGUUCAAAAGGGGAGUGACUCCUGAUGGUUGGAGCUACAAUAUCAUGAUAGAUGGAUUUUGUAAGAUUAAAAUGGUGGAUGAAGCUAUUAAUCUCUUCAAAGAAAUGCAUUGCAAAAAAAUCAUUCCUAAUACUAUAACUUAUAGUUCCCUUAUUGAUGGCUUGUGCAAAUUGGGGAGAAUCUCAUAUGCUUUGGAGCUUGUAGAUGAGAUGUGUAGUAUAGGUCAACUACCUGAUAUAAUUACGUACAGUUCUAUAUUAGAUGCUUUGUGCAAAAACAAUCAAGUUGAUAAGGCAAUUGCAGUAUUUAAAGAAUUUAAAGGCAAAGGUAUUCAACCAACUGUGUGCACAUACAAUAUUCUUAUCGAUGGAUUGUGUAAAAGUGGUAGACUAAAGGACGCACAAAAGGUUUUUGAAGAACUUUUGGUCAAAGGAUACAAUCUUGAUGUCUACACAUAUACUGUUAUGAUCCAGGGGUUUUGCGACAAGGGCUUGUUUGAUGAAGCGAUGACCUUGCUGUCAAAAAUGAAAGACAAUGGUUGCCUUCCAAACGCUAUAACUUAUGAAAUAAUUAUCCGUUCCCUUUUUGAUAAAGAUGAAAAUGAUAAGGCAAAUAAACUUCUUUGUGAAAUGACUGCAAGAGGUCUAUUGUAAGGCUGAAACUAGGUAAGCUAUUUGCCUAUUGUUGUACAUUAUUAUUUUGAACUUAUGUUUCAAUGCUGUUUCAUCAUUUUAUUUAUGAAGUUGCUUUACCCAAUUGAAAAAAAAGGCUUUUUGUUAUUUCGUUUUGUUGAGUGUGCUUAUGCUUCCCAACUAAUAGAGUGGUGAGUUCCAACUUGAGUGAAAUUGGUAGGAUAUGAAAAUUAAUGUUAUCUUAGGAGUGUUGUUGGGUUGAAUUUGUACUUACUUUAGAAAAUACUUAGUUUCAACAUUUACAAAUUCAUUUUUGAUACAAAAGUCAAAGACCUGUGAUGGGAUGAUGGAUAUGAGCAAAGGUCAAGAGACUGAAAGUGAUCCAAGAAUGAAAACCGUAUACAUUUGCGUACGCAAUGCCUAUAAUAGUUAUGAGAAAGAAUUAGUUAGAGAAUGAGCACAUUGUGAAUUCAAAUUUUAAUUGUAGUUUUAGUUCUCAUUGCCAACUUGCUAUUGUUUUUUAAAUUCCUUGGCUUUAAUGCACGUCAAAUCCAGAAGCA